UUUUCUUUUCUUUCUCUCCUUUAAGCCCUAGAAAUGGAUCAAAAUUACGUCCAAGGGUUGCACAAUCUUUUGGUGCAGUCAACGAGCAGCGACACUGUUCAGCUCAAGGCUGCUACUGCCACGCUGAACAAGGAAUACUACAAAAAUCCAGCAUGCAUAUCUGCUCUCGCCAGCAUUAUCGCAAGCUCACCCGAGAAUGCGGUGCGCCAACUUGGCGCCGUCGAGCUUCGGAAACGUAUCCUACAAAAAAGCGGCGACCUAUGGAUUCAGCUCCCACAGGAAGAGCGCCAGACGAUCAAGUCUAAGCUUCCUGAGCUGGUUCUGCAAGAGCCGGAAAAAAUCAUUCGUCAUGCGGAUGCACGCGUCGUUGCCGCUAUUGCUUCAAUCGAAAUACCUCUGGGCACCUGGCCUGACCUCCUUCCCUGGCUCAACCAACAAUGUGCAUCGCCCCAAGUCUCAACGCGCGAGGUCUCCAUCUUCAUUCUCUUCACCGUUCUGGAACAUAUCGUAGAAGGUUUCCAAGAACAUCUGCAGAACUUCUUCAAGUUCUUCGAGGGCCUGCUGGUGGAUCCCGAAAGUAUCGAAGUUCGAAUCACUACUGUCCGGGCAUUGGGCGUGAUCGCUCAAUAUAUCGAUGCUGACGAUAAAGCAGACAUUAAAUCAUUUCAAGCCCUUGUUCCUGCGAUGAUUGGAGUUGUUGGCCAAGCCAUCGAAGCGGGUGACGAGGCGGGCGCUCGCCAGCUCUUUGACGUCUUUGAGACAUUGCUUAUCCUCGAAAUCCCUGUUCUUGGCCCACACAUCUCUCAGCUUGCCUCAUUCCUCCUCCAGUGUGGCGGAAACAGUGCGCUUGAUACUGACAUGCGCAUUCUCGCUCUGAACGCUCUCAACUGGACUGUGCAGUACAAAAAGUCGAAGAUUCAAGCCCAGAACUUAGCAGGCGCCAUUUUGGAGGGCCUGAUGCCCAUCACUACUGAACCUGAGCCCGAAGACGCUGACGACGAUGCUCCAUGCCGAUCAGCACUCCGUAUCAUUGACGGCCUUGCUACCUCCCUCCCUCCUUCGCAAGUCUUCCCUGCUUUGCGUACUCUGAUCCAGGGCUACUUCUCUUCGCCCGACCCCAAUCGCCGACGUGGGGCCAUGCUUGCUCUUGGUGUCGCCGUGGAAGGCUGUAGCGAGUUUAUGACGCCCUUAAUGCCGCAUGUGUGGCCGGUUAUCGAGGCCGGCCUCCAUGAUUCCGAUGCGUCGGUUCGUAAGGCAAGCUGUGUGGCCGUGAGCUGUCUUUGUGAGUGGCUCGAGGAAGAUUGCUCCGCAAGACAUGCCACCCUCGUCCCUGCCAUCAUGCAACUUGUCCAUGAUCCAGCUACCCAACGCUCGGCGUGCACGGCUCUUGACGCUCUCCUGGAGAUCCUUCAUGACGUCAUCGACCAAUAUCUCCAACUUAUCAUGGAACAGCUUGCUGGAUUGCUGGACUCCGCUCCACUCCCGGUCAAGACGGUUGUCACCGGGGCCAUUGGGAGUGCCGCUCAUGCCUCCAAGGAAAAGUUCUUGCCAUACUUCCAGCCCACAAUGAAUCGUCUCCAGCAUUUCCUUAUCCUGACUGGCGAAGGCGAAGAAACCGAACUUCGUGGCAUCGCAAUGGAUGCCGUCGGCACAUUUGCUGAAGCUGUUGGCACGGAUGUUUUCCGUCCUUACUUCCCCGACAUGAUGAAGCAGGCAUUCCAGGGUCUUGAGAUGGGUUCUGCUCGUUUGAGGGAGUGCAGCUUUUUGUUCUUUAGUGUGAUGGCCCGCGUGUUUGGCGAGGAGUUCAGCCCUUACCUGGGCAAUGUCGUCCCUGCUCUUUUGUCCAGCUGCAGUCAGACAGAACACGGCGAGGAGAACUUGGCAAAUGACGCUGAAAUUGCAGCUGCUUUCGCCUCAGGAUCAUCGCCUGCAAACGCGAUUUCCCUGACCGAAGAUGGUGACGGUGAUGCCGAAAUCGAGCUGGAGGACGUCGACGUCGACAAGAUGCUUGAGGUCAACAGUGCCAUUGCGGUAGAGAAGGAGAUUGCGGCCGAUACUAUUGGUGCGCUCUUCGCGGCCACUCGUGGCCACUUCUUCCCCUUCGUAGAGCAGUGUACACUGGAGCUGGUCAACCUGUUGAGCCACUACUACGAGGGCAUCAGGAAAUCGGCCACCGACUCUCUACUAGAGAUUGUCCGCACUUUCUACGAGCUCAGCGACCAUCAAGACUGGCAGCCGGGUGCCUCUGUGCAGGUUCCCUUGAGCCCGAAUGUCAAGGAGCUUGUCGGACACAUCAUCCGCCCACUCCUUGAGAUGUACGAGACCGAGGACAACAAGAGCGUUGUCGCGGCGCUUUGUGUCGGUUUGGCCGAGACGAUCAACAAGAUUGGUCCGGCCUUUAUUGAAGGGCAGCUCGAGAACAUCUGCAGUAUUGCAGCUCAAGUCCUGGAGCAGAAGGCUCUUUGCCAGCAAGACCCUGAUCAGGAGGAAGACGAGGAGGCUCCUGAAGACCAGGCCGAGUACGACUCGGUUCUCAUCUCUUCGGCGGGCGAUCUUGUCUCAGCCUUGGCGAACGUACUUGGUGCCGACUUUGUUCAGCCCUUCGCGACGUUCUAUCCUCUGAUAUCAAAGUAUUAUAAAAAGAGCAGGUCCCUAAGCGAUCGCUCAUCUGCGAUUGGAUGCUUGGCUGAGAUCAUUGCUGGGAUGAAGAGCGCCAUUACGCCUUCAACCCAACCCUUGAUGGACCUUUUCUAUACCGCUCUUGGUGAUGAAGAAGCUGAAGUGCAGAGUAACGCCUGCUUCGCCGUCGGUUUACUUGUUGAGCAUUCCGAAACCGACCUUUCACCUCAAUUCCCACAACUUCUAUCUGCCCUCCGACCCAUCUUCAACGUUACGCCUGAUGCGCCUGUGGCAAGGCUGAACGCCAAGGACAACGCUGCCGGUGCUGUUGCACGUCUCAUUUACCGCAACAUUUCAGCAGUUCCUCUCGAUCAGGUUCUGCCUGUCUUCGUUGAGAGCCUGCCACUCAAGCACGACUACCUUGAGAAUCGGCCAGUGUUCAGGACCUUGUUCCACCUCUUCCAGUCCAGCCCCCAGGUUCUCUUUCCCUACAUGGAUCGGCUACUUAUGGUGUUUGCCCACGUUUUGGACCCCAGCUCCUCCGACCAGCUUGGAGAUGAGGCGAAAGCCCAGCUUAUUCAGUUAAUUAGUGUACUGAACCAGGAGAAUCCGGGCAAAAUUCAAGAGGCAGGCUUGAGUGCUUUCGUUCCUGGAGCAUGAGGUUAUGACUUUGCUAUAGAUUUCAUGGUCACAUGAGGUUUACGAAUACUUUUUGCUGUCUUGCUUGUCUGUUCUAUGUUAGAGUAGUUUUUUCUUUUGUUAUUUGUUGUUAACGAUAGUACUUUAUGGGUUAUAAAUUUCACGUGAUCAC